AUGAACAUCGGCAACCCACUCUAUUCCAUCGUCAACAAGCUGCGGGACACAUAUACACCCGUCAGCAACACCUCGACCUUCCGCAAGACCGGCCAGAUCACGCCGGAGGAGUUCCUCGCCGCCGGCGACUACCUCGUCUUCAAGUUCCCAACCUGGUCCUGGGCCGACGCCGACCCCUCCUCGAAACGCGUCAGCUACCUGCCCGCAGCGAAGCAGUUCCUGGUGACGCGCAACGUGCCCUGCCACCGCAGGUUAGAUGCCGACUUUGCGGGUGAUGCCGGGCACGAGGAGGCGCUCGUGAACGACGGCGACGACUUCCAGGGCCAGAAGGGCGGCGAUGAGGACGGUUGGCUGAGGACGGGCGGACUGUCGAGUAGCCAGCCCUUGAAGGUUAGGGAGAUCAGGACGGUAGACGACGCUGGCAACGUGGGCGACGGGCAGGUCGUGGAGGAUGAUGAUGAUAUCCCUGACAUGGAGGACGAGGACGAUGAUGAGGCCAUCAUCCGGGAUGUGGAAGGCGAUGGCUUCAACAGUGGCCGUCGAACAUAUACACUCUACAUCAUGUACUCGCCCUACUACCGCACACCACGGCUCUACAUGUCCGGCUACCUGCCAAACAGCCAACCACUCCCACCACACCUAAUGAUGGAGGAUAUUGUGGGCGACUACAAAGACAAGACAGUCACGCUCGAGGACUUUCCCUUCUUCGCCAACAACAUAAAGAUGGCCUCUGUGCACCCCUGCAAGCACGCUUCAGUCAUGAAGACGCUCCUGGACCGCGCGGAUGCGGCGCUCAAGAUCCGGCGCGACAAGCUCAAGGCUGGCACAGCCACGGGCUCUGUGGAUAAGGGCAUGGAGGGCCUCGUCGACGAGAUCAACAAGCUCGAUGUGAGUGGCGCCGCGUCUGAUGCGGCGGAGAGCAAGGGGAGUGGGGAUGAGUGGGAGGAGGUCGGGCAUGACACGGACGACGAGGUUGCCAUUCGGGUAGAUCAGUACCUGGUGGUCUUCCUCAAGUUCAUCGCGAGCGUGACGCCAGGCAUCGAACAUGAUUUCACCAUGGGUGUCUAG